UUUCAGCCCUGACCCCACCCUCCGCUACACCUUGUGGAAUGUUGUCAUUGGAAACAUCGCCAAGCUCUUCGCAUUUCCGUUGUCUCAGUCCUCAGUGCAAAGGAUCGGGUGUAUGCCGUCAAUAAAGGAAGCCUACAAAAUGUUUUUUGUUGUUGCUCCACUGAUGGCGUUGACUUUCUUUUUGGCGGGAAGUAUGGGCUUAGUUGCUUAUGCCUAUUUUGUCCAAGUUAGAUGUGAUCCAUUAAAAUCCAAAUUCAUAGGAAAUCCCAAUCAGCUUUUGCCUACCCUUGUUUCGGAGAUAUUUCAGGAAAAUCCGGGAAUGACUGGAUUGUUUAUUGCUGGCCUUUUCUGUGCCUCUCUAAGUACUGUGUCUAGUGGCUAUGCAGCAUUAUCUUCUAUGACCUUACAAGAUAUUAUUAAAAAGAGGUGGCGAAAAUUAUCAGAAAGAAAGUCAACUAUCGCAUCCAAACUAACAGUGGUGGUUGUCUCGUUUCUAACGACUGGUAUGGCGUUAUUGCUUGCCAAUGUUAAAGGGACUCUUCUAAAGCUUGCUCAAAUGGUGUUGACCAUUCCCACAGCACCAUUUACAGGAAUAAUACUCUACAGUAUUUUUUGCACAUCUGCAACAACAGCGGGAGCUAUUGUCGGUGGUGUGACGUCACUCUUGUUUUACAUUUGGAUGGCCAUCGGUAAUAUCGUGGUCAGUCCCCCGUCUGUUGAGAAGAAGCUUCCCCCGGCUCCAGUAGACCAGUGUAUAAGCAACUCCUCUAUGUUAGGCAGCCUAGCAUCUUCUAACAUUAGUAGCUUGAACUCCAGUCUUACAGGCAGCACAGUACCUUAUACCUUAGAAGGUUUCAAUAAGAUUUACACCUUAUCCUUUCAAUGGUUUGACGUCAUCGCAAUUUUCCUUGUGAUUGUAAUUGGUCUGAUUGUUAGCAGAAUCGUAGGAGCUCCAAAAGAAGAGGAAGUAGACGCAAGAUAUGUUUUGAGUUUUACUGAACAAUUUUUUCCAUAUUUACCAGAAAAAGUAAAACAUUUUCUUUCCUGUGGAUCAACAAUAGCAAAGAGGCGCAAACAAAUUCAAGCGGAAGAACGCCAAGAUAAUCAGCAAAUUUUGAUAGACGAAAAAUCCAGUGUAAAUGGACCUAACGAUAGUUGACAGAGCUGUAAGAAGAGUGGAUGGGACUACGGGAAUGGGGCAUUAAACAACCAAUUCAUACCACAGUGUUCAUGAAUUCUUUAGUUUUAUGUCACCUCAAAUAUCAAAAGAUGUGUUUUAUGUGUAAAAUGUAAACAAUAAUUCACGGUUUAAAUGGUAUAUACAUGUAGUAUGUGUAUUUACAUGUACAUUUUAAAGUACAUGUAGGUAUACAGGCUG